AUGCCAUUUCGCUUCCGCCUCUACGACCCACCUUGCGAUGCCACCUCUCUCUCCCUCGUCGAUACCGAGGCUCUGUACAACGCCGACGGCACCAGCACGAGGGAUAUAAAGGAGGUGACCAUUCGCGAGAUGGGCUGGCACCCCGUUCAGUUGCCGAAGGAUUGGUUUCGCUCACAUCAGGCACUUGACACCACCAGGCAGCUUCUCAAAGCGAUGCAGUGCACCAUUCAGUACCUGAAGCACUGCCGAAAAAGCGAGGAGAGGCGGGCGCAACAAGUGACUGCGCAGCUUCGACGGUGCGAGGAGGAGCGCGCAGCGGCCUUUGAAGCGCUCAUAGAGCUCCGCGAGACUGUAGCACUGUACAAGCAGCAGUCCCGUGACGUCGGACCGGUGCAGCAGCGUGCUAGGUCGCCCCCAUCGCGUGCAACUCUGUCCAGGGAGAGACACAUGGUCCGUUCACGGGGAACUGAAAGCACAACGAGGCAGCAAGCGUGCAGUUUCUGCGCAAACGUGUACCCAAGCUGGCGCGCACUCGAUUCGCACAUCCGCAAGCGCCACAAGAGGUCAGAGGGGUGCGUGGCCAUGUCAGCCACCUCCGCGCCUCUCUCUCUGGAGGUGCAAAAGCAGCAGGAACAUCACAAGGCCACAACACGAGCUCCCACACUGGCGCAUCAGACACCAUCUGAUAGUCUUUUCGUAGGCAACACCCCUCCGGUGCUGCACGAGGCUGGCAGAAAAUGGGACGACUGUAGCUUGCGGGAGGAGAUCAGUGAGCUGCGCAUGUCAAUGGCAAAGCUCAUUGAGCAGCAAGCAAUGCUGUACCGUGGCUUGUCACCGUCCUAUGUGGCAGCGGUGCCGCAGCAGUCAGCAGACGAGGCAGCCACGGCGGCGGCGGUAGUGGCAAGCACCGGUCCCCUUCCUGACCUGCAACAGCAUGGUAGCGGUUCGCGCGAGGAGGAAGACAUCCUGCUUCGUAUUCAGCGAGACCUGUUGCGCACCGGCACCCAACUUCAGCAGCUGCAGCGCGCCUUCGAGAGUGAGAGCGCGGCGCGCGGAUGUGGCGCCACAGAUGCUCGUGGCACCCUCAACUUGAGAGACGACCUGUCGCAAAGCGAGCAGCGACGCCAGCAGCUUGAUUCCUUAAAGGUGCCGCUAGGUGUGCGCGCUGUCCAAGAGCUAAACCCGCAAAACAUUCUGCACCCCCCUUCACUGACCGAAAGCGGUCACAAUGCUGGCGCGGUACGGCGACGGGAAAGCGUAGGGGACAGCCUCGUAAUUGUUUCCCCUAUCACUCCCCUGGGAGCGGUGACAGCAAUGUCGCACCAUGCGCUGGGGAGUCAAGAAGGUACGACUCCCGCACUCGCGCAGAAGCACGUGCGAGCGGCAACGUGUACUGUGUCAGAAAGUCUACACAGCAACCUCAGCGACCCCUGCUCCCCUUCCGAAACGCAGCGACCAACUGGCGCGGUUGGCACGACGUUGCCCUCUCCCUUGUCCGCACUGGGCAUUCAUGUAAGCAGCAGCGGCGGCGACAGCGCUGCUGCUGCUGCUGCUGCUGCUGUGCGACGCCAUGAAAAUCUCAUUCCACAGUCGACUUUCCACUUCCCGCCCAGUGACUCAAGCGUCAACGCCGGCAAUCAGUCGGCGUCACGGGAGCCUGAGACCCCGACACCGCUGCUGCCGAGCUCUUCCUUCCGAGGUCACUUACCGUGGAUCGUGCCCGACUCGGCGACGGCGCGCAUUGGCACAGCAGAUGCGGUGUCGGCAAAUCGCUACGGCUCUGCACCACGUGUGGAGGCUACAUCAUGGGAAAGUGGAGGCCUCCUUCUCGGCACAAAACUAGAGGUGCCGGAACAGCGAAAGGCGUUUUCAACUUCAACAAGACAAGACGCGAUGCCGUCGCCAAACAUCACAGCAGCCGGAAGAGAAGUGAACUCAAAAAGUGGACUUGUCACUGCCACGUCAACUGGAGCACCACAGCGUUGUGAUAUCAUGAGGAGCAGCGAGGCAAUAUCGCCAGGGGAACCGUGCGGGCGGUCGAGCAGCACCAUGCAGCUGCUGCAGGUUGGGGUGGAUACGGUGCACUUUGCACCGAGCCAGCUGAAAGUGACACAGGAUAAGGAACAGAGCGGUACCCACGUACCACCCCGCGAGAAGCCACCGCCGGUGACUCAGACCGCACUAACGCCGGCGCCGAAUAUAUCUGGCAGUGUACCCUCCUUUGGCAGUACUGUGGCGGACGCUGACCGACUACAGUGCCUGCAUGCGGAGGCGCACGGCUGCAUAGCGACCGGCGCCGGAGUGGCGAAGCGCAGCAGCGUUGGUAAUGUGAGUGAGAGCUCACCGAGCCGACCGCGAGUCCCCACGGUGCGAGUCGAGGAGUCGUUGGUGUCGACCGAACAACCUGCGUGCUACUCUGCACGGAAAGUGAUUCCAGUCGUGCACCUGGUGCCGGAGGCGCCAUCUGAGUUAGGGAACGUAUUGCCACAGGAUCCGGAAAAACAGAGGCAAGAGCCCAUGCACGGUGACGCGCUCUCUCCCUCUGCAGCCUCCUUACCGCCGAUGCUCGGGUUGGACGGCCACUUUCAGCACAGGAUGCUGCCCCAGGAGCCGCAGCGCCGUGGUGGCAAGGAGGACAGUCGCGAGAGGAAGACGGACUCGAAGGAGGCCUAUUCCUACUCUGUCGAAAUGCAGCCACUCGAGGCUUUGACGCAGGAUGACGCCGUCGAUGGACUCUUUAGCACUCGCUUCGACGCCACCAUGGAGGAGGGCAGCAAUAUGGGAGACGAUGGCUUAGGCGGCCUUGUCAUGGAGGAUGUGUCAAACGAUGAGCUCGCGGAUGCCGCCCCUCAUGCAGCAGAGAAGGUACGCUCGGCUCAGCUAUCCACUUUCGGCGACGCAGGCGUGGACGGGAAGGUGGAGGUGCAUCGCGUCACGAGCUGCAGUUUCCCAGGGCCGACGGAGGGUGGCAAACAGACCCCAAGUCAAGCAGACUCGCCACCUGUGGAGUCAGUAUCGGAGGAUUACUCCUACUACACGUAUUCUUAUUCGUACUCGGACGACAAGGAGGAGGCGAUUGUAGCUUCUCAAGAAACGAAUGCUGUUGAGUUUUGCAUUGACGAUGUCAGGCAAAAAACCCCGCAAGCGUCUUCCAUCUCAGAGGGUGCUGCUGUUGGUCGGUCGGGGCUUCCUUUUCGCGCAGACGUGACGCCUGCGGCGCACCACACGGAGGCGCUGAAAUUUGGAACAGUUAAGGCACAACGACAGGAUGUCCGUACGGCAAGCGCAGAAAGGCUAAAGAAGUCAGACCAAAGCGUCAAAGGCAAUGCGAGCCAGCCAACCAAUCAGCAAGAGGCGCCGUCACGCAGGCAGCGGGCACCCGCCAAUGUGAAGCGAGGAAGAGUGCAAGUCAGCGAUGAAAUCGCCACCGUUCCGCUGCGCAAAUUUUCGUCUCUGUUCGCCUCGGAAUCCCAGCAGGUGCUGAAGAAGCCGAAAGGCCUCUUCACAAGGUUAUUUUCCAAGAAAGGCAAGUAA